AUGACAGAUUAGCCAUACUUAAGUCUCUCUAAAACAAAGAGUUCUCACUCCCAUCACGGUUAUCAUAAGAAGCUGAUAUUACAGCUUGAGGAGGAAGACUAAUAACAUAUCCCCAUGUUUCGUCAAAAUACUAGCAAGAGUAGACAUCUCGAUAAGGGAACUCUCUCAAAAUCGAAAAUAUAGAAUAUUGCAUAAUUGUAGGAGAUGUUCAAGCAAUUCAAGCAUUUCAAAUGUUCGCUUCAAUCUUAGACUCCAGCGAUUCAAAUGAUGAAAUCUAGUCAGAUCUCUAAGAAACCUCAAUCGCAAUCGAAAAGCACGAUUGAUGCUAAGGAAGUUUCAUUUGAGGAUAAACAGAAGGUGAUGAUUUAAGCUCGCAAAACGAUGUACAGAAUAGUGAUGGAUAAUAAGUUGCGGAGUCAAUCAAUCAAAGAUUAUGGAUUUAAUUUGAGACCACUGUUCAACAAAGUCAUAGAAAAAAACGACAGUGUUUUGGAAUAGAAGAUUCAGGAACACAGAUUGGAAAAGAGGAAAUCUGACCUAUUUUCACGCAGUCCAUUCUCAAAUGCCUACUAUGCAACCAAGGCUCUUUCUAAGAGAUCUCGCAUGAAUGUUUACGAGCGUCUAGCACAAAAUCUGCCUGCUGAUUCACGAUUCCACUACGAAUGA